CUCAAGUGGCCACACUAGCGAUCAUAUGGCCGACUUGUAACACUUGUUGCGCGCUUUCGGUCGGACGUGUAUUCGUUGGCGCUGCUCCACGUCGGUCCGCCUUAUCCGCGCUGCGCUGGCACAUUGGUGGAAAAGAGACGCCUGUGAAGGGGAGCGGAAGCAACUCUCGGUUUUCGUGCAUGACGCGGCGCUCUGGAAAAUUGCAUUUUCAUACGGUUCGAGCAGCUAAUUUAUCGCCGAAAUAAUGGCCAAUUUAUUGGCCUGAAAGCGGUGGGCGUGGGCCCGAAAAAAGUGUCUGGAAAAGUGCGAAAAAGCUUGGAAAAUCGGCUAUCGCGUUGUGCGUUUUGUUUGCUUUGCUGCUCUGCCGCGUCGACGCCGCUGCGCUGCCACUGCGCUUCCCCAAAGUGUGAGUUAGUGGAGGCGGGGGAGGCAAUUGUUGUUGGACAUAACGAGGACGACAAAUCAUUGCAAUUAACUCGCGUAACCGACUGCGCCAAAGGAAACAAAAGCUCCCAGCCGGGGAAAACAGCGAGCGACACCAACAGGAGCAGCCACGUGAGGAGCUGGGCCACCCCGGUGGACCACCACCACCACCCUCUAUCCAAGUCCUAACCCACAGAAGGCAGCAAACAUGGGCGACAAUAUAAUUGGCUCGGCCAGCUUCCUGCACUUGGGGGACAUUGUCUCCCUGUAUGCGGAGGGCAGUGUUUGUGGCUUCUUGAGUACUCUCGGCCUCGUUGAUGAUCGUACUGUCGUCUGCCCAGAGGCCGGGGACUUGAGUUGCCCUCCCAAGAAGUUCAGGGACUGCCUCAUCAAGAUAUGUCCCAUGAAUCGAUACUCCGCCCAAAAGCAAUUUUGGAAAGCAGCUAAGCAAUCGGCCAGUUCCAACACGGACGCCAAUCUCCUAAAGCGAUUGCAUCAUGCAGCUGAGAUUGAAAAGAAGCAGAACGAGACGGAGAACAAGAAGCUACUGGGAACCUCCAUCCAAUACGGACGGGCAGUAGUCCAGCUCCUCCACUUGAAGUCCAACAAAUAUCUGACAGUCAACAAGCGCCUGCCGUCUCUUCUGGAGAAGAACGCGAUGCGGGUCUACCUGGACGCCAAUGGUAACGAGGGCUCUUGGUUCUACAUCAAGCCCUUCUACAAGUUACGUUCCAUCGGCGACUACGUGGUGGUGGGCGACAAGGUAAUCCUCAGUCCGGUGAACGCCGACCAGCAGAACCUGCAUGUGGCGGCCAACUACGAGCUGCCCGACAAUCCAGGCUGCAAGGAGGUCAAUGUCCUCAACUCGUCCACCUCGUGGAAGAUCUCGCUGUUUAUGGAGCACAAGGAGAAUCAGGAGCACAUACUCAAGGGCGGUGAUGUGGUGCGUCUAUUCCACGCUGAGCAGGAAAAAUUCCUUACUAUGGACGAGUACAAAAAGCAGUACCAUGUCUUUUUGCGAACCACUGGACGCACAAGCGCCACGGCCGCCACCAGUAGCAAGGCGCUGUGGGAGAUCGAGGUGGUGCAGCAUGAUUCGUGUCGAGGUGGUGCCGGUGACUGGAACUCCCUGUACCGCUUUAAGCACCUGGCGACAGGACACUAUUUGGCUGCCGAAGCCGAGGCGGAUAUCGCAAAUGCGUCACACGAACCACUUCUAGCGGAUUGCAGCAAGGACUCGGGCCUCAGUUGCUCUACCAUGAACUCAACAGUAAAUGACAAACCAAAAGCCAAGCAGUAUCGCUUGGUUUCUGUACCCUACUCGGCGGACAUUGCCUCCGUUUUUGUGCUGGACGCCACCACAAUGGCCCGGCCGGACAGCCUCGUACCGCAGUCCAGUUAUGUAAGGCUUCAGCACAUCUGCUCCAAUACCUGGGUACAUGCCACCUCGAUUCCCAUCGACGCAGACGACGACAAGCCGGUGAUGUCGAUGGUCUGCUGUUCGCCCAUCAAGGAAGACAAGGAGGCUUUUGCCCUAAUCCCCGUUUCUCCGGUGGAAGUCCGUGAUUUGGAUUUUGCCAACGAUGCUUGCAAGGUCCUGGCCACAGUAACCAGCAAGCUGGACAAUGGAAGCAUCUCGAUUAACGAGCGACGGGCACUGAUCUCGUUGCUUCAGGACAUUGUCUACUUCAUAGCCGGAAUGGAAAAUGAACAAAAUAAAACAAAGGCUUUGGAGUUUACCAUAAAAAACCCGAUACGCGAUCGACAAAAACUUCUACGCGAGCAGUAUAUCCUAAAGCAGCUUUUCAAAAUCCUGCAAGGACCCUUUCAAGAGCACACGGCUGGAGACGGACCCUUCCUGCGAUUGGAUGAGCUGAGCGAUCCCAAGAAUGCCCCCUACAAGAAUAUCUUCCGAUUAUGCUACCGCAUCCUGCGACUAUCGCAGCAGGACUACCGUAAAAAUCAGGAGUAUAUUGCCAAACAUUUUGGUCUGAUGCAGAAGCAGAUCGGAUACGAUAUCCUGGCGGAGGACACGAUCACAGCACUGCUGCACAACAACCGAAAGCUGCUCGAGAAGCACAUCACAGCCGCGGAAAUCGAGACCUUCGUGGGUUUGGUUCGCAAAAACAUGCACAAUUGGGACUCUCGGUUCCUGGACUACCUCUCCGACCUGUGCGUCUCCAACCGAAAGGCCAUCGCCGUCACCCAAGAGCUGAUCUGCAAGAGUGUGCUUAGCGACAAGAACAAGGACAUUCUUAUCGAGACCCAGGUGAAGGCCCUUCGCAGUGGAUCGACCUCUGCUCGCUGCUACAAGGGAACUUCCGAGGAUGUCUGUCUCUCCACUCUCGCCGAGGUGGCUGGCGAUGAUGAGGAUCGCUCGGAUGUCCAGUCCACAUCCACGACAACCACUUGGGAUAGUGCUAGCCUGAACGAGGAUGACAGUUCCUCAACGGUGGAUAGAUACGAAAUUCAUUUGAAGUGGACAGGGCAACCGACAUCGCGUUCCAUGGCAGACUUGGCCAACUGUGUGGCGGAUGGCAAUGAACAGGAGGCAGCCAUACUUAACUAUUACCGGCACCAGUUGAAUCUUUUUUCGAAUAUGUGUCUCAAUCGUCAAUACUUGGCCCUCAAUGAGCUAUCGCCAAGGCUGGACAUUGAUUUGAUUUUAAAAUGCAUGUCAGAUGAAACAAUGCCCUAUGAGCUGCGAGCCUCCUUCUGUCGGCUGAUGUUGCACCUUCAUGUGGAUCGCGAUCCUCAAGAGCCAGUCACUCCGGUGAAAUAUGCUCGUCUCUGGAGUGAAAUACCUUCUAAAAUGUCCAUUAUGGACUAUGAUGGCAAAAACCAACAACCUGAUCAAAAUAAACAGGCCUGUCGAGCCAAGUUCAACACAACUAUCGCCUUUGUGGAAAAUUAUUUGUGUAAUGUUGCAACCAAAGUUUGGCUCUUCACAGAUCAGGAGCAGAAUAAACUCACCUUUGAGGUGGUUAAGCUGGCCCGAGACUUGAUAUACUUUGGUUUCUACAGCUUCAGUGACUUAUUGAGGCUAACCAAAACUUUGCUUUCCAUUCUGGACUGCGUGUCUGAUACUUCCUCGGGAGCCUUUGCCAGCACGGAUAUUGAUUCUGUCGAUGAGGACACAAGCACGGAGGCUGAAGGAGGAGUCCUGCGCUCCAUUGGAGACAUGAACACGGUGAUGACAUCCUUGGCCCUGGGCUCCGUGGGUCAAGCUAUUGCUGCUCCCAGCAUAGCCCUGCAGCAGCGCAAGUCCGUUUCCCAACUAAUGAAGGAAUAUCCAUUGGUGAUGGACACUAAGCUGAAAAUAAUUGAGAUACUCCAGUUCAUUUUGGAUGUGCGCUUGGACUACAGGAUCAGUUGUCUGCUCUCCAUAUUCAAGAGGGAAUUCGAUGAGUCAGAAGUGGCUGCCACGGCGGCCAACAUUGAGACAAGUCUGCAGCAAGCCCAGCAGCAAACACCUCAGCAGCAGACGCCACAACCGCCGACUCCUGGAAGCGGCACCGAGAGCGAUCCCUUGGUCAGCGCCGAGUCCAUGGCAGCUGCCGCAGCAGCAGCCGCGGCCACCGCCGCACGCCAGAAGAACAUUGACCUGGAGUCGAUCGGGGUGCAGGCGGAGGGCAUCUUCGACUGCGAGCGCAGCGAUGCAGCUAACCUGGACCUGGAUGGCCAGGGCGGACGCACCUUUCUGCGAGUCCUCCUCCAUUUGAUCAUGCACGACUACGCUCCACUGGUCUCCGGAGCUCUGCAUCUGCUCUUCCGGCACUUUAGUCAGCGGCAGGAAGUUCUCCAGGCCUUUAGACAGAUUAAAAAAACACAAUUAACAAAGUGGACGUACACCGCAUACUGUACCGACCGAUCUUUUGAUUUUGUUCAACUUCUUGUCUCGGACAGCGAUGUGGAGUCGUACAAGCAAAUAAAGUCCGACCUGGAUAUCCUCCGGCAGAGCGUGGAAAAGUCCGAGCUGUGGGUCUAUAAGGCCAAGGCCACGGACGAACUGGGCGGACCAGAUGCUGGCGGGGAUGCCGUCAACGUGGAUUACAAUGCCGCUCUGUCCCAGGAGCAGCGAAACGAGUACCGAAAGGUUAAGGAGAUACUCAUCCGGAUGAACAAGUUCUGUGUCACCACCAUCACUGGUCCGGGUUCAGUGGUGAAGCCGCGAAAGCACGAACAGCGGUUGCUGCGCAACGUUGGUGUCCACACCGUUGUGCUCGAUCUCCUCCAGAAUCCCUACGACGAGAAGGACGAUGAGCUGAUGAAGGAGCUCAUGUGUCUGGCCCAUGAGUUCUUGCAAAACUUUUGCCUCGGCAAUCAGCAGAACCAGGUCCUCUUGCACAAUCAUCUAGAUUUGUUCCUGAACCCAGGCAUCCUGGAGGCCAAGACCGUCUGCGCCAUAUUCAAGGAUAACCUAGCGCUCUGCAACGAGGUCACCGAUAAGGUGGUCCAGCACUUUGUCCACUGCAUCGAGAUCCAUGGCCGGCAUGUGGCGUACCUGCAGUUCCUCCAGACGAUUGUGAGGGCAGAGAAUCAGUUUAUCCGCCGAUGUCAGGACAUGGUGAUGCAGGAACUGAUCAACGCCGGCGAGGAUGUGCUGGUCUUUUACAACGACAAGAGCUCCUUCAAUCACUUCGUCCAGAUGAUGCAGCAGCAGCAGCUCCUCCGCCUGGAGAAGCUCAGCGACGACAGCCCCUUGAAGUACCACGUGGAACUGGUGAAGCUCCUGGCCUGCUGCACCAUGGGCAAGAACGUAUACACGGAGAUCAAAUGCAACAAUCUUCUAUCGUUGGACGACAUAGUGACCAUCAUCUGUCACCCGCUGUGCAUGCCGGAGGUGAAGGAGGCCUAUGUGGAUUUCCUCAACCAUUGCUACAUCGACACAGAGGUGGAAAUGAAGGAGAUCUAUGCCUCGGGCCACAUGUGGAAUCUCUUCGAGAAAAGCUUCUUGGUGGACAUCCAGCAACUUAUCACGAAUGUAGCCGCUGCAAGCAACAAAACGCUGCAAUCGUACGUUCUUAACGGAGUUACCAAUCUCCUGAGCAGCUUCUUUGCCAGUCCCUUUUCGGACCAGAGUGCCAUCGUGCAAUCCCGACAGCUUAUCUUUGUCCAACUCCUACAAGCCGCUCACCGUCUGACCCAGUGCAGGUGGCUUUCCUUGGCGGAUCGCUUUAACGUGGAAAACUGCAUCCGGACACUUACAGAGUCGGCCAAGAUGCGGAGCAUUGCUUUGCCGCCGGAGCUGGAGCAGCAGGUGGCCACCAUGUCCAGCAAGACAGCCAUGCUGACGCGGCAGACGACCAAGUGGCUGCUGGCCUCUAAGCAGCCCAAGUACGAGGCCCAUCAGGCAGCCAACCUGAUGCGUUGGGAUCGGUCCAUCAUAGAAGGACUGCAGGAUAUCGUCUCGUUGCUAGAGGAUCAGCUCAAACCAGUGGUGGAAGCGGAACUGUCGCUGCUUGUAGACAUCCUUUACCGAUCAGAGCUGCUUUUCCCAGCCGGAACAGAAGCUAGGAAACGAUGCGAGAGUGGUGGCUUCAUCCGAAAACUAAUAAAGCACACAGAGAAGCUGCUGGAGGAGAAAGAGGAGCGCAUGUGCGUUAAGGUUCUCCGAACACUCCGGGAGAUGAUGGCCAUUGAUGUGAACUAUGGAGAGAAAGGUGAUGCACUGCGUCAGACACUUCUCCUGCGCUACUUCCAAAGCAAAAAUACACCCAGGCUACCGGAGGACGAGCAACCUCAACGAACUGUGGCUCCUUUGGUAGAUCCUGCUAAGCAGCAUCACUUGGUGACACAUGGCCCGGGGGCCAAAUAUCUUCAGAGGGCUGGAAAAACACUCCACGAGAUGCAGAAUCAUCUCGACAGGGAGGGGGCCUCCGAUCUGGUCGUGGAACUGGUCAUAAAAUCCGUACACUCACCAAACAUCUUCGUCGAGGCCGUGGAACUGGGCAUAGCUUUGCUGGAGGGCGGCAAUCCGAUCAUCCAGAAGGGCAUGUUCCAGAAAUUCCUCAGCGAUGACCUCAACCAGGCCUUCUUCAAGGUGUUCUUCGAGAAAAUGAAAGACGCCCAGCAGGAGAUCAAGUCCACGGUGACGGUGAACACCACCGAUAUUGCGGCCAAGGCCCACGAGCACAAGCAGGACGCCAAUCUGGAGCUGGACAAGAUCUCGCGCAAGCAUGGGCUAAAGAGCAACGGAGUGGUCAUUACGGAGGAGCUGAAGCGGGAGCUGCACAACGCUGGACUGGCAACGGCAAGGGCAUAUGGCAAUGCUCGCAAUAUCCACUCCGGCGAGGACAGUUCUGCAAUUAGCGUGAAUCCGCUGGAAGACAUCCUCGCAGAGAAACUAGAAAAGCACAAGGACAGCAAGGAGCAAAGGAACCAGCUAUCCAACAAGGUGUUGGUGAUGCAACCUAUCCUCCGAUUCCUGCAGCUUCUCUGCGAGAACCAUAAUCCGGAUAUGCAGAAUCUGUUGCGAAACCAGAACAACAAGACAAACAACAACUUGGUGUCGGAGACACUCAUGUUUCUGGACUGCAUCUGCGGUUCCACCACCGGCGGACUGGGACUCCUCGGCUUGUAUAUCAACGAACACAACGUGGCGCUGAUUAACCAGACAUUGGAAACUCUGACGGAAUACUGCCAGGGUCCCUGUCACGAAAAUCAGAACUGCAUAGCUACCCAUGAGUCGAAUGGCCUGGACAUCAUCACAGCUCUGAUAUUGAACAACAUCAAUCCCUUGGGUGAGAACCGCAUGGAUCUGGUGCUGGAGCUGAAGAACAAUGCCUCCAAAUUGCUGUUGGCCAUUAUGGAGAGUCGGGGCGACAGCGAGAAUGCGGAGCGUAUUUUGUACAACAUGAAUCCCAAGCAGCUGGUGGAAGUGGCCUGCAAGGCAUACCACCAGGAGGAGCUCAUCGACGAGCAGGACGACGGUGAUGAGCCGGAUGCCGGAUCAGACGAUGAUGAUGCCACUGUGAGCCCGCGGGAGGUGGGUCACAACAUCUACAUUCUGUGCCAUCAGCUGGCGCAGCACAACAAGGAGCUGGCCGGAUUGCUAAAGGCCUCCGAGGAUGCCCAGUCAGCCAGCUUUGAUGCCAAGACCAGUCAGGCACUGAUGUACUACGCCACUCACACGGCACAGAUUGAGAUUGUUCGCAACGAUCGCACCCUGGAGCAGAUUGUCUUUCCCAUUCCGGAGAUUUGCGAAUACUUGACGACGGACACUAAAAUCAAAAUCCUCAACACCGCCGAACGGGAUGACCAGGGCUCGAAAGUGGCAGACUUCUUCGACAAGGCUGAGGAAAUGUUCAACGAGAUGAAAUGGCAAAAGAAACUAAGAAGUCAACCCUUACUAUUUUGGAUAAGCAGUUAUAUGUCCUUGUGGAGCAACAUUCUCUUUAACUGUGUGGUUGUUAUUAAUAUGAUUGUGGCUUUCUUUUAUCCUUUCGAUAAUACUGUUCCAGAACUUAGUUCACAUAUUUCUCUGCUAUUUUGGAUUAUAAUGAUAUUCUCAUUGGUCAUCGUAAUAACUUUGCCACGAGAGUCGGGGAUACGAACGCUUAUUGGUUCCGCAAUCUUGCGGUUCAUAUUUUUGCUGGGACCGGAGUCAACGCUCUGUCUUUUAGGAGUAGUUACGGUUACUCUUAAGAGCGUUCACAUAGUCAGCAUAAUGGGAAACAAGGGGACUCUGGAAAAGCAACUAAUUAAGAUCAUCACCGACUUCCAGUUACUAUACCAUUGCAUUUAUAUAGCAUUUUGUUUUUGUGGCCUAAUCUUUCAUCCAUUUUUCUAUUCUCUAUUGCUCUUCGAUGUGGUCUAUCGGGAGGAAACGCUAGUCAAUGUCAUCCGAUCGGUGACCCGAAAUGGACGCUCCAUUGUUUUGACCGCUGUCUUGGCUCUGAUCCUGGUCUAUCUGUUCUCCAUAAUCGGGUACAUGUUUUUCAAGGACGAUUUUCUGGUCAGCGUUGACUUUGAAGACCAAGAUAAUGGCUCGCCCGCAGCCUUGCCCGUGACCCUGUCGGUACCACCUUCGGGAGAAUCGUGCAGUGCUCCAGAUGAACUCGGCAAUUGUCCGGCAGCCAAUCAAGUGGCACCUCCCAGUGGUGGCGGCGAUGUAAAGGAACGCUCCUGCGACUCCCUAGUCAUGUGCAUUGUAACCACCCUAAAUCAGGGAUUGCGAAAUGGUGGGGGCAUUGGCGAUAUUCUCCGGGCGCCAUCCAGCAAGGAGGGCUUAUUUGUGGCUCGAGUCAUUUACGACCUGCUCUUCUUUUUCAUCGUCAUCAUUAUUGUACUGAACCUGAUCUUUGGUGUCAUCAUUGACACUUUCGCCGAUCUGAGAUCGGAGAAGCAGCAAAAGGAAGCCAUCCUGAAGACUACUUGUUUCAUUUGCUCCCUGAAUCGGUCGGCAUUCGACAACAAGACGGUUAGCUUCGAGGAGCACAUCAAGAGCGAACACAACAUGUGGCACUAUCUGUACUUCAUAGUCCUGGUCAAGGUCAAGGACCCAACCGAGUUCACCGGCCCCGAGAGUUAUGUUUACGCUAUGGUGAAAGCCGGAAUCCUGGACUGGUUCCCUCGCCUGCGGGCUAUGUCCCUGGCAGCGGUGGAUGCGGAUGGCGAGCAAAUAGAACUGCGCAGCAUGCAGGCCCAGCUCCUGGAGACGCAGCUGCUCAUCAAAAACCUCUCCACGCAGCUACACGAACUCAAAGAUCACAUGACGGAGCAGCGAAAGCAGAAGCAGCGACUGGGCCUCCUCAAUCCAACGGCUCAUCAUCUGCUGCCGUUCCAGUGAGGCUCUCUUUAGGAUUUAUAUAUUAAUACCAACGUGGGGCACCACUCAAUUUUGGUAAACAUUCCCUAUGCACCCAUAUAGAUGUGAACACGAAAGUAUUGGCUUUACACGCCAUAUAUAUACAAUUCGCAACUCAUUCUCAAUGGAUCACUUGAAGGAACUUAGCUAUAUUGCUAACAUUUAAGUACAUCCCAAAAAUCAUUCUGUAUUAGAUUCGAAUUCCAAAACAAAAAUCUAAAAUUUGCUCAAAUAACGUCCUGCGGGACGAGAAACUUCUAAAUCUGUUACUAUGUAUAACCAACUGAGUACAUAAAAAUGUAGUAAACUCACUCAGAGACUUAGGGCUGUUAACAUGUUAAUUAAUGGGCGUGUGGCGCAUUUUUUCAAAACCCAAACAAGGUUUUCUCUUACCUCUUCUCGUUGACUCAGUAAUACCUGAAAUCUAUAAUCUAGACCUAUGUAGAUAACUUGAAAAUGUUCGCCGAGCGACCUUAAAACAAAUUUUCAAAAACAACUUUACGCCGUCUUAAGUUUAUUUUAUUUAAUUGUUAUUAUUUUAUGAAUAUUUUUUGAAUUAGUUUCAAAUGAAGAAUAUAUAGAUUUUCAAUCAAAACUAAUUAUUGUGAUUACCCUUUUAUAUUUUCACUCUGCUUUCAUUUCUGAAUGGUUUACUUAUUAGUAGUACUCGUAACGAGUUUUGUUGGUUAAAUUCAUUCUAAGCUAACAUUUAGAGGAUAUAUUCUAAGGAAAACUACUCUAUCUUUAAGUGAAACUUUAUAUCUCUACAUGUAAACAGAAAUAUAACUUUUAAAUAAAGAUGAUUCAAUCAAAUUAUA